AUGGACUCAAUAUCACAUUUGUGGGAUCAAAGUCAGCUCGGUCAAGUCGAUCGAGGCAACCAGCAGAGCCGGCCGAUUAUUCCACUGUCCAAUUUGUCCGGACAAUCCAUGGUCCCCAGUCGGCAACAUCUGAGCCUCCCCGGACCAGAACGCUUCUCUCCCGGUCUGAUCAGCCGAGGCAAUAUCUCUUUCGAUACGACUGGAUCGGCAUCAACGACAUUGUCUCCUCCAUCUUUUCGAAACAUUCUGGCCCAUACACCAAACCCGAGACGGCAAAGAACGAUCGGCCCAACUGAUCCUGUCAUCGAUGAGCUUUCUCACCGACCACUCGAGCAGGAAGAAAUCGAUCUCUUGACUUACUACCGGUAUCAGAUUGCGCCUCGACUAGACCUUGGAGUCGGUGACUCGUAUUUUAGUGUUCGAGCACUUCACAGAGCCGAGCAUGUCCCGACGCUGUAUCAAAGUAUCCUAGCGCUGUCCAGUCUGUCAUAUCGUGCGGGAAAUGGAACGACAAUCAAUGACUAUGCAUCACAUGCCAAGCAGACAAUGCUUCUUGCUGAUGAAGAGGAUAGAUCGACUGCCACAAUCCUCCUCGCUGUACGAGAUAUCAUCCUAACGCCUCCACGAUACUGGCAGGUUAGACUCGCAACUUUGCAGCGAAACCCCAGCCUCACAUACAGUCGUCUUCUCGAAGGCCACUGGCAUGUCAUGGCCCGCUUAACUCUCGCGGCUCACCUGGCAGGAUCACCUCUGUCCGAACCAGUUGAUCUCUCCUUUAUUUUUCAGGGAGCCACUCCGGUUUUACCAGGUCAACUCCUGACCCACAAGCAACAGCUUCGGCAAAGCUUUUCCAAUCUUGCGCGUGCUCUGACGGUUUCAAGUAACGAAUUGAAUAAAGCUCGCAACACCCGGCGGCUGCCGUUUACUGCUGCAUGGCAAUCGUGUUGGAGUGAUAAUCAACUCUGGUAUGCUGCGCGAAACGAAGAGAUGCAACAAAUUCUUGAAAUGGAAAAUUUCGAAACAUCUCCAGCCAAAGGACCAGGGGCUCCCUUUCCUAUUGUCAUCUUUAGCAAUACUUGUGCUCUGGUGGCCACUUUGGUCCAUCACCUCACGGCUCUCUACUUGCUACAUAAUAAACCUCGCCUCACCAGACCCGUCGCUGAGAUAGGGUCAUCCAACUCGGCGGUUUGGCACGCACAGCGAGUGGUUGGGAUAGUUGCAGCUUUUAUGGAGGCUGAGAUUCUAGACCCCUUUGUCGUGGCGGCCGUCCUCUACGCCGCUAAGAGAUUGAGCCAUGCUUCGCAGUUGGCUGUGGUGGUCAAUAUCCUGCGGAGAGCAUCUCAAUCGACCGGAAUCCCAUUGCAAGACGAAAUCAACAACCUCGAAACUACUCAUCAUACCACGGAUGUUUCGUGA